AUGCCGAAGCUGACCUGCACGCAGCUCCAACUAUCGCCCGUCUUUUAUGCAUCCAUCCUGGGCUUAGCCGAAUACUCCUCAGCCCAGCAGUUUCCUCCACCUGCAUCCUAUGAUACCGUCCUCAAGUCACCCAUCAACCCUAGCAUCACUAUUGCGUACAAGAAGCCCGAGCCCGGCACCUGCACCACUGCGUUCUCUACCCAGAAGCAAUAUUCUGGGUACGUCAAUAUUCCUCCCUUUACUUUGGCACCAUAUCAACAAGCCUAUCAAAUCAACACGUUCUUCUGGUUCUUUGAGGCACGCAGUAACUCCGAUACGGCGCCUCUCACCAUUUGGCUCAAUGGCGGGCCCGGCUCCAGCAGCAUGAUUGGCCUUUUCCAAGAGAUGGGCCCAUGUGAGAUAGUACAACUUGAGGAUGGCUCCUACGGCACACAGCCCAACCUGUGGGGUUGGGACCGCAGCUCCAAUUUGCUCUUCAUCGAUCAGCCUACCCAGGUAGGCUUCUCGUACGAUCAGCCCGUCAACGUUUCACAGGAGCUAGUAUCCGGGCUCGUCGUCGAGCCUCCGAUGUCUGUCCCCAAGGAACUACCUUCGUGGUCUCUCCUCAACGCGACGCUUGCCAGUGGUAGAAUGAAUCACGUCGAGAACUCGACAAUCAUUGCCGCAAGGUCGGUGUGGCACUUCUUGCAAGGGUUCCUCUCUGCUUUCCCUCAGUACAAUCCUGGUCAGCGUCCUAACCAAACCACCAUCGAGCCUGCUGGCAUCAACCUCUUCGCUGAGAGCUACGGAGGCCAGUAUGGUCCUGUCUUCGCCGACUUCUUUGAAGACCAGAAUGACAGACGUCGAGCGGGCUUGAUAUCUGCCAACAGUACUCUGGAGAUUAAACUCGAUUCACUCGGCAUCAUCAAUGGUCUCGUGGACAUAGCCAUCCAGACCCCUGCCAUGGCUUCAUUCGUCUACAACAACACGUACGGCCUGCAAGGCAUGUCGCAAACACAGUAUCUGAAUAUCCUCAGCGAUUUCAGAAAGCCGGAUGGAUGUCUAGAGAGAGCCUCCAAAUGUCACGCACGAGUCACAGCUGGCAAUUGCGAAGGGGAACUUUUUGAUCAGGAGACAAUAAAUUUGUGUGCAUUAGCCAGCGACUCAUGCUGGCGGGUUCAAAGCGUGGCUUUGCAGCUGUCUGACAAGAAUCCGUACGACAUACGCGCCAAAUCGCCCAGUUCUUUCCCAAGCUACGCGCAUGUCGAGUACUUGAAUCAGGCCAACGUCUUGCGGUCUAUCGGGGCGAAGGUCAACUUCACAGACUCUACGGAUAUGGUCAAUGCUGUUUUUCACCAAACUGGUGACGACGUACGCGGUACCCAAAUCAAGAAAUUGGUUGACCUACUUGCUCGCGGUGUUCGAGUGGCCCUAAUAUACGGAGACGCGGACAUUAUCUGCAACUGGGUUGGAGGCGAAGCAGCUUCCCUUGCGGUUGCCCAUGAGUCGCCUUACAGCUCUGCAUUUCCUGCAGCUGGGUAUGCCGACAUCGUGACCAACGACUCAUAUGUUGGCGGACAUGUUCGUCAAUCUGGCAAUUUGUCUUUCUCCCGGAUUUUCGAUGCCGGACACAUGGUGCCUUCGUAUCAAGCAGAGACCGCUUUCGUGGUAUUCUCCCGGAUCAUAUCGGGCGACGAUAUCGGCAUGGGGCGAGGAGUUGACCUCUCCACUUUCAGUACUCAGGGACCUGCAGAGUCUUUGCACAAGAACAACGUUCCUCCGCAGCCAGAGAACACCUGCUGGAUUCGCGCUAUUGACGAAACAUGCAGCGAGUAUGAGAAGACUCAGAUCCGACGAGGCAUGGGUGUGGUGGAACACGGGAAAUGGUUUCCACAAGCUCCAGAUCGUGCUCUGUCUCGCGCAGACGCUUUCAAUACGAAGGCCGGAGGCCUGGAAAAUAUCGUUCGCGAAGACCGACCGACAACAACAUCCCGCAUUGCUUGGACCGGCGUCUUCACCGCCAUCAGGACCCCAACGCCCACGUCAGGGGCCUCUCGAGUAAUGUUUCGUCGGCAGCCCAAGCACCGCCGUCAAUUAUCGCCAGGUCCAGCACCAUUUGGUCUCACAAGGAUAGGUACAGCGGUUUCUAAUGCGAAGAAUGGGCUCAUCGGAGGAAUCGCUGCUGUUGGCGGGCUUUUGCUACUGUGA